AGUGGAUGCUUUUUUCUUCCGCCACGUUGGGACCCGCAAUCGGUUUCACUCGACGUGGCACAACUCCACAUCGCCCGUGGUUGCCUGCGCGAUCAGCUCUCCAUACCACAGACAAGGAGCUAGACUGCGUGCGACAGACAAGGACAUUACUGAAGAACAAAUGCUGGGAGGGGGGGGGAAAUGAAGAGAGGAGUGCAUGGACAGGGAAACACGACAUGCAGACUGGCGACGACCCGCAACAUUUCGAGACUGUCAUGAUGCGCAAAGAGUCUCGCGCGAAAUUGGCGAGAAGCGGGACGGUCUCCGGACACCAUGGUGUCUUCGAGAGCAACUCCGACGUACCUGGGAGGUCUAUCGCCGAGGACGACAACGGCAUAGCGCAGCUCGGGGCGAAAGACAACGAUGGCGCAGCUCGGGGCGAACGACGACGAUGGCGCAGCGCGGGGCGCACGACGGCGAUGGCGCAGCGCAGCGGAGAUGUCGGGUUUGGGGCGGGGGCUGUGAAGACCCCUUCCUACCAAGAUAUCGCAGUGGGAGGUGUUGUUUUGGCACGGGAGUUUUUUGACUUGGUGGAGCAGAGGAACAUCGACCUGGAGGAACCCUGCCACGUUCGAGGCGACCAAGAGUUGUCGCAGCCUCUUCAGAUGUGCACCGGCUUCGAAUCCAGUGGUGCUCCCUCGGAAGGGGGAGAUUUGGGUUUCGGUCCUUCUCCCCAACUCCACCGGAUCGAGGCCCGUGGUCGCUUCGACGACAGCGACGACGAAGAACAGGAGCAGACGCGGCCUACGCCGCCAAGGCGGGGAGACCGGUCUAUCCUGAGUAUUUCUGGGGUGGAAGGACAUCCGGGGGGGAAGAGGAGGGUAUACAACAGCCUGCGCAUAAGAGAAGGGGAGAUCCUCAGGAAGAGGGUGGGGGGUUUGCAAAGAAACGUAAGGCAAGGACCCCCCAGACGACGGGGGGGGAAAGGAAGGGAGUUGAGGGGCAGGUGCCAGGAGGGCACAUCGGGUCGGAAACGCCCGACGUCGGUGCGGAAACAGCCUCAGCCGGGUGCUCUCGAGGCGAAGGGUCCGAAGGGUCCCAUCAACAUCGACGCCACGUACUUCUUCGAAUGGAAAGACGGCGUGCGGACAAAGCGGCAGUUCUUCAUUAGCCCAUCGCGGGUCGUCGAGAUCGGUGAUUGGGAAGCGUCGUACAACCAACGGUCGCUGGAUCAUGUGCACACGCAGCUCAUCAUUGACGCGAUGAUGAUGGCCUUCUUGCAAGCCGAGAAGACGUACGAGUUGACUACCCUUAAGCUGGCACCACUAGGGCUGGAGAAACCGAAGUCCGGCGUGCGAGCGGAUCGUCUGAAGCCAGAGGGCUGGAAGGACGAGCUCGCAGGCCAAUACUAUUAUUACGCUGUUUCCGGACAGCACAACGCGGCUGCAGCCAAGGCGCUGCUCGGCACGGACGUCGCAUUGAGGCACAACUUCGAGAGGUGGCCUGCGCAUAUGGCUUACUUCUCGGACGAGGAGUUCAAAGGGUAUUUUCUGGCCAGUUCGGAGGACAACAAGAAGGACUUGAAGGCGCCUCCUAGACAACUGAAACUAUCAAUGAAGGACAUUCAGUGGUUGUGGAAGGAAAAGGGUUUCCCAAAGGCUGUUAUGGGGAACCCCAGCGGAAAACAAGCUCAGGUGCAGAAAUGGCAUGAGUUAUCACGUGGGAGCUGGGUAUGGAAUUUUUCGAGAAAUGGGAGACGGGGAGACUUCUGGCACAAGGGGGCGAAGUGGAUCACAAAGAAAAGGAAAGUGAAGGACGUCAGGCCCGGCGUUAGCCACAGCGAAAACGUGAAGUUGGGGCGCAAGGAGGUUGCCGUCGAGGCGCCCCAAAAGAAAGGAAAGAAGGAGAAAGAGCCUGGCGAUUGGUUUGUCCAGGUCACCGAGCCAGAUCCGCACUGCUGGAAGAGCAUGGAAGCCCUUACCAACAACGAGAAAUGUCAGUUGCUCAAGAAGCUCCUCAACUGUGAGGUUGUGUGGGUGCAAACAGGCUCCGCUUCAUUGGCGAAGCAAGGCAAGUUGGGAGUGCAAGAAGCAGUGCACCUGCUGAAGUGCGAUCGCAUCUUGGUGCGACUGUGGAACUACUAUCAGUUUGUGUACGAGAACCAGGUGGAUACAGACUGGACACGUGGGUAUCCCUUCUUGAAGAACCGGGAGGCGAUUUUGGUGGAGUUCGAGAAGCAGGGAAUGGAUGCCGCGUUGUGGGACGGGAGCAGGAAACUCGUCGGUGACGCCUCGCUGUUCAAGGACUGCCCGCCGUACAUGGGGUGCGAGAACGACAAAACGAUCGAGGCGGCGGAAAAACUCGCCCGCAACAAGAAGUUGUCUACCGACUGGAAGAACAAGGUCCUCUCCGUGCUGACCGGUAGUAGGGCGAAAAACAUGGAGGUCGCGCUUGUCGAAGGCGUGGUGCACGUUCUGUGGAAAGACUCGGGGGACGUGACAUCGAUCGCCCCGUUCGGCGUUGACCCUCUGGAGGCGCAAAUGAGGGUCACGGAGUUGGAGAAAGCGGUCGGGACCACCAAAUGCCACAUCAGAAGGGACAAUGACGCUGAGUACAUGCGCCGCAAGAAACACAUGUUGGCAUUGCUGGACAACUACCACGAUGCCUCACGCAAGAACGCUAAGAACUUCCUCGACCGGUUGGAGUGUUUGUACUUCGUCAAGUCCGAACAGGCGCUGACGCUCGAUACUUAUGGUGCCUUGAUCUCCACGGAGGACGAGGCGGAGACAGGCGUUGUUUUCGACACCGCUACGCCAGAGGAGGACAGCGACAGCGAGGACAUCGACAUCGAUUACCAUCCUGCUCCGGUGUUUCAUGCCCCAGGUUCCUCGUCAACCGGUCCGUCAACAAGUCAGGCCACCCAGGCGUCGCCUGUGCUCACGGUCACCCCGGGUGAGACCCCGAGUAAGCUGGCGGCGAGACUGGCGCCUCGGCCUACCGCCCCGCCUCCGUUGCGUCCCGAGAGUUCGGUCCCGUUGCAUCACCCUUCUCGCAAGGACGAUACCGUUCACUUCGAAGGGCUCGACCACACUCGAUCGAGCGAGGCGGGUUGGGGCCAUGACAUGAUAUGGCACCCGGGGACUAUCCAGCAGGCAAUCCAGAAGGGCGAGUGGAUCAUGGCGCUCAUCAACGACCAAGGGUUGUGGGAGCCAUACCCACGCCAGUUCAAGGCCGAGUACCUGGAACUCGCGAGGAUUUCGGACAAGCAGUGGUUGGAUCUGUCGGACGAAUUCUACGACCUCGACACGAGCCCUUCGAAUGGACGGGUGGACUGGAAGGUUCGCCCUGCGACCGGGCCACAGUGUAGACUCGGAGGGGUGAGGGGCGGAGGGGGGGGAGGCGCAAGUGGGGGGGGAAACGCAGGUGGGGGGGGCGUAGGGGGGGGAGGCGCAGGUGUAGGGAGCAUAGGGGGGGGKGCCGAAGGGACCCCCCCGGGGACAGCAGAGGGUACCACCGCUUCGGAUGGGGUUUCACCUCACCAUGAGGCCACGUCAAGGGAAGGCGGUGGCGGUGAUGGAGGGGAGAACGUUGCUGGACAGCCGACUGCCAGGUCCCGUAAGGGACCUAAUGUAAUCAGGACAUCAGCAGGAGAACAAUACCCAUAUGACAUCAAUUGGGUGUCGGGUCGUAUUCAACCGGGUAUUGUUGGAGGCAGACCGUGCUUUCCGUUCAAGGUCGAUGGCACGUGGGUUCCAUUUUCAGCCCCCAUGAAGAGAACAUGGCGAAACAUAACUCUCGCAUUUGUGUAUGACAAAGUAUCGAGGUUGAACGACGGGGCAACGACACAAGAGAAAGGGCGAUAUGCAUUAGAAAUAUGGCGUUUUCUGGAGGCACAGAGCGAGUUCCGCCUAAACGAUUUUUUGUAUGACACUUUUAACUGCAGACAGCUAUGGGUGAUUGUUGACAACCAAGUGACAGGGAGUAUGGCAUGCCAAGAGAGCGACGCAAGGAAGGAUGCUCGAUGGGGUUGGAUGUUGUCUGCGAUCCCAUUUCCAUAUGGUCAUGUGAGGAUGAGAUGCGUGAUGCGAUGGGAAAUGUCUGGAGCACGCAUUACGUGAAUGGCAACUUCUCCUUCAGGCAUCUGGACAGGGAAGUCACACAAGA